GGCUCCCGGCGCUGAAAUUCAAAUUUGAACCGCCGCUGAAGGCCGAGUGUGACACUGGAGGCUGUGGGGAAGAGGAGAGUAGGUUGGGAGAGUUCCCCUGCCCCGGACUUCUUGUUUUCUCCAAGUGACACACUGAGCCGGCACUCACUUCUUUUCUUUUUCCGAAUUUGAACCACCACCGUUUCGGUCGUCUCGCAAUCGACACGCGAAGCCCCGGGCGAUGGACCCGUUUACCGAGAAACUGCUUGAACGAACCCGUGCCAGACGCGAGAAUCUUCAGAGGAAAAUGGCUGAGCGGCCCACCCCAGCAGCAAGGUCUGCGACUCAAGCCAAGCGACUCAGGGAGCCGCUUUCAGAAGCAAGUAACCAGCAACCCCUGUCUGGUGGUGAAGAGAAAUCUUGCACAAAACCAUCACCAUCAAAAAAACGCUGUUCUGACAACACUGAAGUAGAGGUUUCCAACUUGGAAAAUGAAAAACCGGUUGAGUCAGCUUCUGCAAAACCUUGUUCUCCGAGUCCUAUGUCUCCUCAGGCGCAGCCACAAGCGCCACAAGUGCCAGCUGGUGUCAGUGAUUCCGUAGCCGCCCCGGCAUCGCUGCUGGGAGUGAGGAGAGGGCUAAACUCAAGAUUGGAAGGAACUGCAGCCUCCUCAGUCAAAACACGAAUGCAAAAGCUGGCUGAGCAGCGGCGUCACUGGGAUAAUGAUGAUGUGACAGAUGAUAUACACGAAAGCUCACCCAUCUCAGCAAUGCCAUCAGAGGCUACCUCCCCUCCCAAACCAUCCCUUUCAGAGGCCUCAGCAACUCCAGUUGGCAGAAAGGGCCGUCUAGCCAACCUUGCUGCAACUAUUUGCUCCUGGGAAGAUGAUGUAAAAAACUCAUCUGCAAAGCAAAACAGUGUACAAGAACAGCCUGGUACCACUUGUUUAUCCAAAUUUUCCUCUGCAAGUGGAGCAUCUGCUAGGAUCAAUAGCAGCAGUGUUAAGCAGGAAGCUACAUGCUGUUCCCAAAGGGAUGGCGAUGCCUCUUUGAAUAAAGCCUCAUCCUCUAGCGCUGUGGGUGCAUCUUUGAUUAAUGUUGCAAUUUCCAGCUCUGGGAAAGCUACUUCUUCCCCAGUGAAAUCUUCUACUACAUCCAUCACCAGUGCUAAAAAUUGUGAGGUACAAAAUCCUGAACUACUUCAAAAAACCUCUGUUAGUCCUCUUAAAACAGAGGUGUCAAAAUCAACGGAGAGGUCAACUGUAUCCAGGACAGUUCGGCCCAAGGAAGAAUUAAACAGAGAAAUUUGUCUGCCAUCUCAACCUAAGGACAAAUCUACAACACCAGGAGGAGCAGGAAUUAAGCCUUUCCUGGAACGCUUUGGAGAGCGUUGUCAAGAGCACAGCAAAGAAAGUCCAGCUCGUAGCACACCCCAUAGAACUCCCAUUAUCACUCCAAAUACAAAGGCCAUACAAGAAAGAUUAUUCAAGCGAAACGCAUCUUCGUCUACUACUCAUUUAGCGCAACAGCUCAAGCAGGAACGUCAAAAAGAACUAGCAUGUCUUCGUGGCCGAUUUGACAAGGGCAGUUUAUGGAGUGCAGAAAAAGGCGAAAACUCAAGAAGCAAACAACUAGAAACCAAACAGGAAAUUCACUGUCAGAACACUCCCCUCAGGAAACAAGUUGGUCCAAAUACCCCGUCACUUCCAGUAACAGAAAAGGUGGCAGAAAAUCAGACACCAGCAAAACCUUCUAGUAUAGAACCUACGGGUUUUACUGGAUCUGAAAUGACAAAGUCUAGCCCUUUGAAAAUAACAUUGUUUUUAGAAGAGGAAAAGUCCUUAAAAGUAACAUCAGACCCAAAGGUUGAACAGCUGACUGAGGUGGUACGUGAAAUUGAGAUGAGUGUGGAUGAUGGUGAUGAUAUGAACAGUUCAAAAGUAAUUAAUGACAUCUUCAGUGAUGUCCUAGAGGAAGGUGAACUAGACGUGGAAAAGAGCCAGGAGGAGAUGGAUCACGCAGAUGCAGAAAGCAGCGAGGAACAGGAAGAUGCACUGAAUAUCUCCUCGAUGUCUUUACUUGCUCCAUUAGCACAGACAGUUGGUGUGGUAAGUCCAGAGAAUUUAGUUUCGUCGCCUAGAUGGGAAUUGAAAGACACCAGCAUAAGUGAUGAAAGUCCAAAGCCAGGAAAAUUCCAAAGAACCCGUGUCCCUCGAGCUGAGUCUGGUGAUGGUAUGGGUUCUGAAGAUCAUGAUCUUCCUUAUAGCAUUGAUGCAUACAGAUCUCAAAGAGUCAAAGAAACAGACCGUCCUUCAAUAAAGCAGGUGAUUGUUCGGAAGGAAGAUGUUACUUCAAAAUUGAAUGAAAAAAAGAAUGGCUUUCCUUGUCAGGUUAACAUCAAACAGAAAAUGCAGGAACUCAAUAAUGAAAUAAAUUUGCAGCAGACAGUGAUCUAUCAGGCUAGCCAGGCUCUUAACUGUUGUGUUGAUGAAGAGCAUGGAAAAGGGUCGCUGGAAGAAGCUGAAGCAGAAAGACUUCUUCUAAUUGCAACUGAGAAGAGAACACUUUUGAUUGAUGAGUUGAAUAAGUUGAAGAAUGAAGGGCCUCAGAGGACGAAUAAGGCUGGUCCCAUAUCCCAAAGUGAAUUUGUCCCUUCCAAAGGAUCAAUUACUUUGUCAGAAAUCCGCUUGCCUCUAAAAGCAGAUUUUGUCUGCAGUACAGUUCAGAAACCAGAUGCAGCAAAUUACUAUUUCUUAAUUAUACUAAAAGCAGGAGCUGAAAAUAUGGUAGCCACACCAUUAGCAAGUACCUCAAAUUCUCUUAAUGGCGAUGCUCUAACAUUCACUACUACAUUUACUUUGCGGGAUGUGUCAAAUGACUUUGAAAUAAAUAUUGAAGUUUACAGCUUGGUACAAAAGAAAGAUCCCUCAGGCCCUGAUAAGAAGAAAAAAGCAUACAAGUCAAAGGCUAUUACUCCUAAGCGACUUCUCACAUCUGUAACCACAAAAAGCACCCUUCAUUCUUCAGUUAUGGCCAGUCUUAAUGCUGUGCGUACCAGCAACUUUGCCCUUGUUGGAUCUUACACGCUGUCAUUAUCUUCAGUAGGAAAUACAAAAUUUGCUCUGGACAAGAUAAAUUAUGAUGUAAAAGAGCGAGAGCUACUGGGCUAUAUGUUCCAGGAAAAGGUACCCUUUCUAUGUCCUUUGGAAGGUCAUAUUUACUUAAAAAUAAAGUGUCAAGUGAAUUCAAGUGUUGAAGAAAGAGGUUUUCUAACCAUAUUUGAAGAUGUUAGUGGUUUUGGUGCCUGGCAUCGAAGAUGGUGUGUUCUUUCUGGAAACUGUAUCUCUUAUUGGACUUAUCCAGAUGAUGAGAAACGAAAGAAUCCCAUAGGAAGAUUAAAUUUGGCCAAUUGUACCAGUCGGCAGAUAGAACCAGCCAACAGAGAAUUUUGUGCAAGACGCAACACUUUUGAAUUAAUUACUGUCCGACCACAAAGAGAAGAUGACCGAGAGACUCUGGUCAGCCAAUGCAGGGACACACUCUGUGUCACCAAGAACUGGCUGUCUGCAGAUACCAAGGAAGAGCGGGAUCUCUGGAUGCAAAAACUCAAUCAAGUUCUUGUUGAUAUUCGCCUCUGGCAACCUGAUGCUUGCUAUAAACCUAUUGGAAAGCCUUAAACUGUGGGACAUUUCCAAGUCAUAUAGAGGUUUUCUGACUUAUGUCAUAAAUGUUUCUUAAGAGCAUCAGUUUUGCUGGUUGCAUUUUAUGCUUUAAAUACAAAAGGGUAUGUGCCAAUAUUCAUUCACUACAUAUUAUGCAGUAUUUAUAUCUUUUGUAUGUAAAACUUCACCCGAUUUCUCUUCUGUUAUUCAUAAAUGAUUGGAAGAAAAAAUUUAUUAUAGCUGAUUUUGCUAAAUUUUAAUUUAAAAACCUCAUUUUCCUAGAAAUCUAAUUAUUCAAUUAUUCAUGUUAAAAUAUUUUUUUUAAAGUAAGAAAUUUUGAGUUGUCUUCCUGGAGCUGUGGGUCUCAAAGUAGAAAGGUCUUCCAGGGUUGGAGACAGAAACCUCACACUUGAUCAUUCUUUUUCUAGCCUCAGUACUUUUUUCUAAAGGUUGUGAUCAUUUAUUGAUCAUGAUAUAUCUUGUUACUAGAGUACUGAAAAAAAAUUCUAAGGGACCUUGCAGAAACAUUUUUAGUAAUGGAGGUAAGAACUUUUUCACAGUAGCAAAUGUUUAUUAGUCUGAUGCUUAAGGCUGCCUUCAAAUAAGAGAUGUGGACAUAGGGCAUAUUAUUGUGUGAGAUUUGGGGGUUAAAUGUUUUAUUUAGAAGACUUAAUAAUCACAUGGUUUACAUUUACUCAGUUACUAUAAAUGCUGUGUGGUGCACAUUUUCAUGGAAUACAGGCUUUUAAAAAUAACUAUUUUUGCUCUAUAGCUUACAGACUCCUCAGAUAUACUUGGCAAAUUAGUUCUUUCUGUUCCUGUAACAAGAACAAAUGUAAAUCGAAGAAUCUUUAUAUAAGAAAAGUAAAUGUUACCAAGCUACUAUGACUAAUACUUUGCUUGCCUAAGUUCUUGUCUUUUUUCUUUUUCACAUCAGUGUAUGACAGUGUCUAGACACCCAUUAUGAAAAUCACUUGAGAAACUGUUAAGUCAUGUAUUACCUUUAAAAGCCUAAUGCCUUUUUUAAAAUUAUAAAAUAUUGUAAAUGUAAAGCAUGGUCUCAACUUUAAGUACACUUUCAACUUCUUCUCUGAAUUGUUAAAGUUAUUGAUGGCCUCAUUUAUAAACACUAAAUUCUGUCACCUCCUGUCAUUUUAUUUUUUAUUCAUUCAAAUGUGUUUUUUCUUAUGUGUAUUAUAAAAAUAUAUUUUAUGAUCUCCUACCUAAAUAAAUACUUGCAAAUGGCUUAAGGAA